ACUAUACUCCAAUAAAAAAAAAUUUUUUUUUAAGAGAAAAAAGAAAAUGGGCUUUCAGAUUGGAGAUAAAGACAGACAAAAUGGAGGCAAGAUCUGACCACAGCGGUAGAAGUGUGACCCUCAUCCUGUGUGAUGGAGACAAGCCUGGGCGUGAAUGUGGGUGUGGAAGCAGUGGACGAGAGUGUUUGUGGGAGGGGCGAUGGGAGGCCAGCCUGAGUCCACUGUGGUCCCUGAGGAGUGAGACAGGGCUGUGGAUGCUGAAAGUGGGGUCUUCAGUUCACAGUUACAUUGUCAAGGUAGGAUCUCCAGGGCUAAGGAGUAAAGAAGGGAGAAGAGCUGAGGAUGCCUCAGGCUCUUUGGUGGGGGUGGGGUAUACUGAACAGAAAUAAGUCAGGUUUUAUUUUUUACGUUGUUACGAUGAUAGCAUCCUGCUACGUAACACAGAAGAUACAGACUGUGAUACAGUACUCAGCAUCAGCCCAGGGGAGAUACAAAGUAAAUUCUAGGAGAUGGUAACUCUCGAAGGAGAUAACAGAGAAAGGUAAGAGGUUCUAAGGCUGAGCUCCCUCCAGUAUUUCUCCUCCAGAAGCUGUGGGGCUGAGAGCUGCCGUGAGCUUGCCUGUUGCUCCAGGGCCUUUCCUACAGGACAUGUAGUGGGAAGAGCAUAGCCUAUGGGGUCAGUCACUCUGGAUCUGAAUCUGGAGACAGCUGUGACUCCUAGACACAAUGUGGGUGUAAGUGCCUGGCUCGUGGGAGGCACACAUGCAGUGGUAGUUCUGCAGAGUGAGGUGAGCCUUCGAGGAACAGGGAAGAGGAGGAGCCCCCAGGCAGGGACACGAAGGUGCAGGCCAGCUGGUGCUGUUUCAGAGCUGAGGACGGUGUGCAGUCGGUGGGCCCAGCCCUGUGGAGAAGGGCCGGGGAGUGAGGACCAACAAGCUCGGUGUUCGUUUAACUUAGUGUCCUUUCAGUAAAAUAUAAGGUGUAUGUUACGAUUUCAAGGGAACGAGAUUCAAAUUGAGUUAAGACUUAAUGUUAGUCUCACCUUGUUCCACAUAUAGAAUAUGUUGAUUGGAGCUUUAUACCUAAUAUACUGUUCUCUUCAGACAAGAAAGAACAGUUAAGCAGCUUUGAAACUAUGGGCUGAAACAACAGUGAAUUUCAGUAAGUUUUAAAGUACUGCAUCCCUAUUUCUAGAUGGCUAGUUUUUUUUAAUCCUGGACUUAGUAAAUUAAAAUGCCUCUCAUUUUCGAAAAUAAGCCUGAAACUAAGAUUGUAAGGAGUUGAAAACAGCCCUUCGUCCCAAUAGAAUAUAUUGGACGUCUAAUUGGUAAGGGUUGAAUCUUUUUGUUUGUUUUAAUUAGUAUUUGGGGAAAGAAAUAUUCCAGAGGUCUUCUAAAGAAUCACAGUAUGUAAGGAAAUAUUGAAAUCUGUAUUAGGGUUCUCCAGAGAAACAGAACCAACAAAGUGAAUAUGUAUAGAGAGAUUUAUCUUAAGGAAUUGGCUCACGUGAUUGUGGAGACUGACGAGUCCAAAAUCUGUGGGGCAGGCCUGCAGGCUGGGACUCAGGAGAGCUGCAGUUCAUGUCCACAGGCCGCCUGCUGGCUGAUUCCUUCUCCCCGCCCAGGGAGGUCAGUCUUUGUUCUCCUAAGGCCUUCAGCUGAUUAGACGAGGCCCACCCACAUGUGGAGGGUAAUCCAGUGUACUUAGUCUACUGACUUAAAUGUUCAUCUCAUCUUAAAAAAUGCCUUCACAGAAAUAUCUAGAAUAAUGUGUGAACAGGUUUCUGGGAACUGUGGCCCAGCCAAGUUGACACAUAAAAUUAACCAUCACAAGUCCACCACCUAUGGACUUGUAAUGGCACCCUUACCCAUGUCCUUAAACCAUAAUUAACCUGCAAGUAAAGGUGAUUAACAAGGUCAUAAUUCUACUUAACAUGGUACAGCUAUCCCAAGUACAACCAAGAAUGCCCUAAUGCCUUCCUCAGAAGAGGAAGCAAAGUCCACAGGUGAUGUUUACCCUUCUCCUUGAGAUCCCAUAACUUAAAUACUGUGAGGUAAAGUUAACAAUACUUAAACACUAUGAUAUAGGGAAUUCCCUGGUGGUCCAGUGGUUAGGAUUCCACGUUUCCACUGCAGGGGGCCAGGGUUUGAUCACUGGUCAGGGAACUAAAAUUCCACAUGCUACACGGCACGGCCAAAACAAAAAGAAAAAAUACAAUGAUACAAAGUCACUAUAACUUAUGUUCCAUGGUAAGGGGAUAAGAAAGGAAAGAAAACAAAGAUAUUUGCUUAUGUAUAGGUAUACACACACACACAAACACGUUCAUAACAAAAUAAGGAGGAAUACUCAUGACAGGUCCAGUCCUGGGUUCUGUCACUGGUCACGUGGUCAUAGCUGGUCUUCACCUUCCUCUGCCACCUAUUCUGUAUUCCCUUUGCCUUCAGUUAGCACGUCAGCUGGUCCUGGUUCUUUACCUGGUGGGAUGAUGCAAACCUUCGUGCCUGAAGGGCCUGGGCCACUACUUGUCCUGCCUGGAUUGGAUUGUUGCAUAUUUCCACUCACCUUAACCUCAGGGAUGGUGGUACUAAGAGAUGCCCUAAGUGACCUCCUGUGUCCCAGACACACUGUCCUCGGCUCCCUGUGGAGCACAGUCCAGUUUCCCCUCGGCAUUCAGGGUCACUCACCACAGCCAGCACCAGAGCUCACUGUGCCUGUUGGUAGAGGCAGGAGCCCUGACUUCAGUUCAGCGGGAUCAGUGCGAUUGAAGUUCAUCUUCUAAGAAUGCAUUUGAGUGGGGGCAUGUUGAUCCUCAGAUGCACCUGCUCUGCAGUUAAUUCACCUGUGAUGAGGUGAAACAGAGCAUCAAGCAGAGACAGCGUGCAGGAAUCAUCUCCCUUCCAGUUAGGGAGAUAAGAUUCCCUAAUGCCGUGUUCCUGAAUCUUGAGCCAGGUGUGGAUUCAUUUUCAGGAAAAAAAGAAGAAAGAAAGAAAAUGCUAGCGGAAGUGCUAAGAGCUGACGUAAAGCAUUUUUAUAUUAAUUAGGUAUAUUCUGAAUCCCAGCACAGCCAUGAAGUGAUGCCUCUCCUCUACCCCCUCUUUGUCUACCUCCACCUCAACCUGGUCCAGAGCAGUCCCAAGAGCACGGUGGAAAGCUUUUACAGCCGCUUCCAUGGAAUGUUUCUGCAGAAUGCCAGCCAGAAGGACGUCAUCGAGCAGCUGCAGACCACCCAGACCAUCCAGGACAUCCUGUCUAACUUCCGGCUGCGGGCCUUCCUGGACAACAAGUACGUGGUCCGCCUGCAGGAAGACAGCUACAACUACCUUCUCCGCUACCUCCAGAGUGACAAUAACACCGCGCUGUGCAGAGUCCUCACCUGGCACAUCCACCUGGAUGUGCAGCCCGCCAAGAGGACGGACUACCAGCUCUACGCCAGCGGCGGCCCCUCCCGGGGCGAGGGCAGCGGCCUGGAGCCUGCCGACGUGCCCGCGCCCAUCCUGCAGAACGAGGCCGCGCUGGAGGUCCUGCAGGAGAGCAUUAAGCGUGUCAAGGACGGCCCCCCGUCUCUCACCACCAUCUGCUUCUACGCCUUCUACAACACGGAGCAGCUGCUGAACACGGCGGAGGUCUCCCCGGACAGCAAGCUGCUCGCCGCUGGCUUUGACAACUCCUGUAUAAAACUGUGGAGUCUGCGCUCCAAGAAGUUAAAAUCCGAACCGCAUCAAGUAGACGUGUCCCGCAUCCACUUGGCUUGUGAUAUCUUGGAGAAGGAGGACGACGAGGACGAUAACGCAGGCACGGAGAUGAAGGUCCUGCGGGGACACUGCGGGCCAGUGUACAGCACCAGGUUCCUUGCGGACAGCUCAGGGCUGCUCUCCUGCUCUGAGGACAUGUCCAUCAGGUACUGGGACCUCGGCAGCUUCACCAACACUGUGCUGUACCAGGGCCACGCCUACCCCGUGUGGGACCUGGACAUCAGCCCGCACAGCCUGUACUUCGCCAGUGGGUCCCACGACCGCACGGCCAGGCUGUGGUCGUUUGAUCGGACGCACCCGCUACGCAUCUACGCCGGGCACCUGGCAGACGUGGACUGCGUCAAGUUCCACCCCAAUUCAAACUACUUAGCCACGGGCUCGACCGACAAGACGGUCCGGCUGUGGAGCACCCAGCAGGGGAACUCGGUGAGGCUCUUCACGGGCCACCGCGGCCCCGUGCUCUCUCUGGCCUUUUCCCCCAACGGUAAGUACUUGGCAUCGGCGGGCGAGGACCAGCGGCUGAAGCUGUGGGACUUGGCGUCCGGGACCCUCUACAAAGAGCUUCGGGGCCACACGGACAACAUCACCAGCCUCACCUUCAGCCCGGACAGCAGCCUGAUCGCGUCGGCGUCCAUGGACAACUCGGUGCGCAUCUGGGACAUCAGGAGCGCGCACUGCAGCGCACCCGCUGACGGCUCGUCCAGCGAGCUCGUGGGCGUCUACACCGGCCAGAUGAGCAACGUGCUGAGCGUGCAGUUCAUGGCCUGCAACCUCCUGCUGGUGACCGGAAUCACACAAGAAAAUCAGGAACAUUGAUUUUUAUCUUUGAUGUAACGGACUGGGGCGUGCGAAGGGCUCCAGACGACAAGUCUUAGGACAGACGUAUGAAAUCACUGACUGACUGUGAAGGACUCCCCGCGUCCCCACGCAUCCCCCCUCGCGCCCCCACGCAUCCCCCCUCGCGCCCCCUCAUCCCGCGGACAUCCCGAGCCCGCCACCCUUUGAUCAGCCCCCAAGUGUGGAGGGACGGGGGGAGGAAGGGCGGUGACGGGGAACGAACGUGAGAUCAAGAAUCACGGAGAUCCCGCGGUGUCCCCCUGCCGGCCCCUUCCUGUCUCUGGAGCCAAGAUUCCCUCACCUCGCCGGGGCUGCACUUGGCCAGAGGAGGUUUGCUGGGCGCCCUCCCCAGGAGCAGUGCUGCAGGGUCACUGGGUGGAAGGGACUCUAUCUGGGUAGAAUUCGGGGGCGGGAACGAGGAAAGGGGGCGGGGUCAUCCUGGCAAAUGUCUUUCCUUUUUCGUGAUUGCAGAGAACCAGGAUUUUUUAUUAUUAUUAUAAUUAUUAUUAUUAAUGCGAAGAGGAAACCUAGCACUGGCGGAGGGGCCUUCUCUGCUCUCAUCUUUCAGGUUUUACUCCUGGCACUGGCUGUGAUACUUGGAAUUUUGAGGUUCAGGGAAUUCAGAGAAUUUGGUCGUACAGUGUAUUGGGAGAAAGGGAAAAUUUCUGGGUGACAGAUUGAUCACUCCAGCUGACAUGUUUCUAGAAGUGGGUGGGUGGAUUUGAUUGAGAAAGUCUUGGGCUCUUGCAGUGAUGGUGGGAUAGAUUCUUUUCGUGGCUGCACUUCUAUUAACAGUUCUCUCCCCUGAAAGGACAGAUUGUGGUAAAGAAAUGAAAAUAAUUGGAAGUGAGAAGUCAAAAGAUAGAAUUAGAAAAUGUUGAAUUUCCAAAUGAUUCUGAGGUGUGGCUCUUCUAGCGUCUUUUCCCCCUGAGAUCAUCCCUCCCACCUCCUGCUUUGCAAUAGCAGUUUAAUGAACAGUCUGUGAAACAAAUCCUAAGUACGAACACACACGUCGAAAACUACGCUCUGAGGAUAAAGCAACUUCUAAUUUGUGGAAAAAGGAUUAAAUAUUUCUGUUUUCUGAAAA